AUGGCUUUGCAGAGUGAAGAACAAUAUGUCGAGUCACUUUCCAUGGGACAAAAACUAAUUGUGAAGAAUUUCAUUUGGUCGAAAGAAGAAUGGCCAGCCAUAAAACACGACGACUUUGCAGACACAGAUGACAUCCCUGUCAUAAGUCUCCAAGGUAUUUUGGAUGGGAGGAAAAACCCAGACUACGAGAAGGUGUGCCGAGUGAUGGUGAGUGCUUGUGAGAAGUGGGGGUUCUUCAAGUUAGUGGAUCAUGGGGUUGCUUUGGAGAUCAUAGAGAAUUUCAUAGGGAGUUUAAAUGGGCUGUUUGAUCUUUCAAUGGAGCAGAAAGUGAAGGGUGUCAGAUCAGCUACUUUACCACUGGGUUACUGUGCCACAAACCCUGAUUAUGAAAAAAAUUUACCUUGGGCAGAGAUCUUACAGUUACUCCAGUCCCCUCAACAGGUAGUUGCAUUUGCAAAUAAAGUUUUUGGUGAUCAACACCAGCAAUUUAGGUAA